AUGGAUUUCGACAGUCCCGAGGAGAAGGAGUUUCCCGGGCUGUACGCCUCCGAGGCGGCGGACGCUAAGUCGAGGAAGAGCAAGGAGGAGAGCGACUUUAGUGAGGAUCAUGACCACAGCAAGAAGGACUUGUUGAUCGGCCGGCGCAAGGACAAGAAGGAAAAGGGCAAGGAUCGAGGAUACGCCGCUCUGGAGGGCGAGAGCUCGCCGGAGGAAGAUCUGGACACCAAAAGUCCAUCCAAGUCGAAAAAGUCAAAGACCUUCAAGUUCACCAGCUCCAAGAGCAAGGAGAAGCGGGAAAAGUCACGGGACAAGUCCGAAAAAGACUCGAAGCACGCGGAGGAGGAGCCUUCCGUCUCCCACAAGGUCAAGGAGAAAGAGCGGGAUAAGGACAAGGACCGUGAUGAGCCCAAGAAGAAGGACAAGGAGGAGAAGCGCAAGGAAAAGGACAAGAAGGCUGACAAGAAGGACAAAAAGGAUAAGAAGAGCAAGCAGCUGUCGCAACAGCAGGACGACGCCUCCGCCGCCGAGGAAGUGCUGGCACUUGGAUAUCCCGUCUUCGGGGUGUCCGUCAGCUUGGCCACCGAACGAUCCCGCUGCCACGACGGCGUGGAUAUUCCCCUGGUUGUGCGCGACUGCAUCGACUUCCUGCAGGAUCACCUGAAGUGUGAGCAGAUCUACAAGAUUGAGCCCAUCAAGACGCGUCUGAUGCACUUUAAGCGGUUGUACAACAACCGGGAGCACGAUUCCGCCGUUGAUGAGCUCAACCUGCCUACCGCCUGCAGUCUGCUGAAGCUCUUCCUGCGCGAACUGCCGGAGCCACUGCUGACCACCGAUCUGGUGGCCCGCUUUGAGGAGGUAGCCUCUCAUCCGAAGGUAACCACGCAGCAGGCAGAGCUGCAGCAGCUGCUUGAACAGUUGCCCAAGUGCAACCGCACCCUCUUGGCGUGGGUGCUGCUCCACUUCGACGCGGUGAUCCAGCAGGAAAGACACAAUAAGCUCAACGCUCAGUCCCUGGCUAUGCUGCUCAGUCCGACGCUCCAGAUGUCUCACCGACUAAUGGUGGCCCUACUCUGCCACUGCAACAACUUGUUCGCAGACGUCCAGCUGAUAAAGUAUGUGCCCCCGUUAACAUCGGCCAGCCCAAAGCUUCCGGAUACGCCGGAGGACAUCCAGACGGAGUUGCGCAAGCAAGACAGCCUCCUGUCCCAGAUCCACAGCGAAAUGAACGCCGGGUUCAUUACCAAGAAACGAGAGGAACAGCUGUGGGAAGUGCAGCGCAUCAUUACCCAGCUGAAGCGGAAACUGCGCACUUUUGAGAAGAAACAGGAAAAGACUGCGGAGGAAGUAGACAACAGCAGCAGUGCUCCGCCCGCGGUAGCCAGUGAAGAUACCACUGAUUCCAAACCAGCAGUCACUCCGGCCGUAUCUACGAACAACAGUAUUUCCCAGGAAGAGCCAAAAUCCGAUACACUAACUCCGAAAGAUGCUCCCAACGAUUUUACUAUUGAUCCCAGCACUGGCUUUAUUUUGCUCCCCAAGUCAAAUCCGCACCGCGAAAAUUUGCUGCGGCUGCAAAUUGAAUAUGACGAGCUGAUGGAAUGGCAGAACGAACUAAAAGCACGUAUCGUCGCCGAGCGCAACGAAGUCUAUAGGCUCAAGCAGUUGUACGAGCAGCAGUCAAUAAACAGUCAAAUGGCCUCCUUGGCCUCGGGAUCUCAGGCUCCCCCAGAAUCCGACUAUGAGCGGAUAAUCGAACACUAUACACGGGAGAAUGCGCUGCUGGAGCACAAGAAGAAUAUGCUGGGCAUGGAACUAAAGGAGGAACGACGGGCCUGUAUUGCUCUUCAAGUGGAGCUGCGACUCCAGCAGUUUUAAUGUAUUAAUUCGAUUAAUGUAUUACUUGGAUGGGUCAAUUUGAAGGAUAUAACUAAGUUCCUAUUCCGGAAACUAAAUGGUCACAUUUCCAAAGAAACAGGAAAGGUCUACUAGGCAAUCAUAGCAGGUUUCUAAGAUUCGUAGUAUAUUUUUUUCGGCUGUCAAAUCAUUAAGUUUUGAAAGAAGACAUGUCUAUGUGACAUACCUAAAAUAUUCAAAUGAAUAAACUUUUGAUAAGUCAUUUAUCUUCAAAAGCAGUCACAGUUUUAAACGGUGUCCCUUGCGAAUUGGAGUAUAUGAGAAAUUUAAGUUCAUCUAAAAUACUGCUAAUUUGUAAAACGGAUUCCUGACGCCUAAAGUCAGUUUAUUGUUUAUUUGGAAAUGACGAGCUGGUUUCAAAUUUGACCCACCGAAAUAUAUGUAUGUAUAUAGGGUUACCAAUUUUAAAUCUCAAUGUCUACUUGCGAUCAAAUGCUUUGUUCAAACUAUAAUUACUGUUAAACGGCGCAAAGCCCCAAAGAAAUCUUGUUAGACAACUUUAUUGCUUUCAAAAAUUAAAUGAGAAAACAAACAAA